ACUAUCCCCCAAUACUGGCCUAUUUUUCUGGUUUGAGUUUCUCCUUCGACUCAGUUAGGACUCUCCGCCCUCUCUUCUGCAACAAAAUUGAAUUUUCGUUUAAAUUUUUAUAUAUUUUUUAAAACAAAACUAUUACCAAAUUCACUCCAAAAUUAAGAAAAAACCAAGGUUUACUUCGUUUUAAUUGAUUCUCCUUUUCGGAAUCACUGGAGAUUUCUAGGGUUUUAUUUCAUGUACUGCGAAGCUUUAAUGUCUUAUGAAUGGAGAUUGCCCAUAGCCUCUCCAUCGCUCUCCAAUCCCAUCAGCCGUUGAUCAUAGCCACAAUCAUCACCCUCCUUUCCCUCCUCCUCGCCGUCCUAUCAUUCUUCAAGAGGCCCCACAAAUCCAACGCCUUUGGUCCCGCCACGUCAGCCGAUAAAGAGGAAGAAAAAGAAGUUACAUCCCUGUCCUCCUGCAACGGAACUUCCGAUUCCGCGGCGUUCGUGAAAGGCGGUAGUGCUGGUCCGGCGGAGGAGGAUAUGGUGACGGCGGAUCUUUCCAAGGUAGUGGCGGAGAGACAGAGCGGGGCGUCAAUGAUGGAGCAGUUGGUACCGGAGAUUACCACACACGUGCUCAGUUACUUGGAUUAUCCGAGCCUUUGCCGGCUUUCUAUGACUAAUUCGUUGAUGAGAAAGGCGGCUAACGAUGAUAAUGCUUGGAAAGCGCUUUAUCACAAGGAUUUUACUUUGGAGCAAGAUAGCGUAACACCAGUUAAUGGGUGGAAGGCGUACUAUGCAGCCACAAGAGCCAUAAUGAAAGUUAAUACAGAAUUCUUUAACAUCAUCAGAGUUAGGUCCCUUCCAGCAAUGAGUCGUUUUUGGCUGAAUUCAGAUUAUGUUAAAUGCGUUCAUGCGUCAGGUGAACUUUUUUCAGGGUAUAAUGCUGUAAUACAGAGUUGGCAACUUGAAUUUAAUUGGGAGCAAGGGGUUGAUUUUCAGGUUAGAGAUGUUCGAGCCCGCGUGCUGACAGACAUGGCUUGGGUUACUAUGAAAACCUAUGUUGACAUGAAUAAUGGAGCAUUUAACAUGACCAACAUCUUUGAGUUCCAUCACGGACAGUGGUACCUUGUGCAUCAUCACAGCUCAGUGAUGCCUGCCGAUGGGGACAUGGAACAAUAGAUUGUUCAUGGAUAACAGAAGAUGAAGAGUUAAUACAAGUGAUAAUUUUAGUACUAGCUUCAAAACAUGUUAUUGGUAAUUUAUUAGCAACAGCAAGUUGCUUGAAAUUUCUCUGGUAUUUCUUUCAAAGUUCCUUCUUUUUCGGCUUUGCCACCUCAGUUUUGGUUGAUUUGUGGUAAAUAGGUGCCCUUAACGUUUUAGUCUUUUUAUUAUUAUUUUUUUCCUCCUAAUGAUCAUAAUUUUGGUUGUAUACGUAUAUAUAUAUUCAACAAUUCUUCACAUGGAUGUAUUCAUGUGAGUUGAAUAUGGAUUCACAGAAGUUGCAUGAUGUACUGGAUCCGAAAGUGGCUCCGAGGAUAACUCUUGUCAUCAAUGGCUGAGAAUAAUAAUGAUUAAAGUUAAGGAUAAACUCCAACGCUUUGCAUGGUUCAGAAAAAUUAAGGAAUAUCUGGGAUAAUCAUAAUUCUGUCAUGUUAACAAAGAUUUUAGAUUGCAGAAUGGGCAAAAUGUCAGA